AUGCUCGACAUUGAGGACUUCGACGCGGUAUAUCGCAAUCUUCACUACAACGAUGGCCUUGUUCAAGAGAUCCAAUCAUACCGGACUGCGCUCGGUGGGCGCACCUUCUUCGAACGGUUACUGACACUCCUAAACAUCAAGGGAAGCAAGAUGUACCCGCCCAAAAGCUCACAACAGCUUCAAGAGCUCCAUCAGCGCAUAAUCUCCUCCAACACAACACUACACAACAAGCACUGUCUUGUGUUCUACCUACUCAAAGAUUUAUCGGCGCAACACCACGAAGCGACAGAGCUAGCUGAAUCGUUCGCGAAAGACGUACACCUCGAGAAGCGAUUCUGGACAUUCGUUGAAGGACUCUGGUUCCUCGACCACCUCCAAUUCGCGACCGCCGUCGGACACCUUACAUACCCCGGCAUAAUACCUACCUUUCCCGACGAGAUCAUGUACACCCUCUUGACGGGGCAGGAUAAAGUGAGCAGCAUGGGCAUGGCAAGGGAUCCAAAAGAUGAUAUACUGGCACUAGCAUACUACAACUGUGUACGGCCGCCGCUGGAGGAUCAGAAGACCAGGGACGAGUUCGCCAAAUACCUUGCAGGUCGCAAUGUUACGGAGAUGUACCAGUGGAUUCACAGCAGACCGGAGUACGAGCAGCGACCACUGCUAGAGAUCCUCGUUGAGCAGACGCUGGAUCACCAACCUUGGUCUCAGGACCCUGAACACGAGAUGUACACGCGAGACGCUAAGGCGUUUGAGCUGGCGGGCUUGCCGUUCAGUGAAGACGAAGAGGAGUUCAUCGAGAAGUUCCUGACCGAGGGCAGGGGCAGGACCUUCCAGAGCGCACAAGAUCUGGUUAUGAUGCGCAGGAUUGCUACCGGCAAGCUGGCUGAUGUUGCGUCUGAUAUGGGCACACGCGGACGCAGGAUAGAUGGUGUGAACUGGGAGAGUUUGAAGGAUGGUGUGAAGAGGGGGUUGGGGCCCAGGAAGGAUGAGAAGAGCUUCGCCGUCUAA